UUGUUUUUUUCCCCCUAUGGAGAAAUGGAAUUUCCUUCUUCUUUUACCAGUACUGAAAGAGCCUUCAUUCAUCGAUUGAGUCAGUCACUGGGUUUGGUGUCUAAAAGUAAAGGAAAGGGAGCAAAUCGAUACCUAACUGUGAAGAAGAAAGAUGGAUCGGAGACAGCUCACGCAAUGAUGACCUGUAAUCUGACUCAUAAUACAAAGCAUGCGGUCAGGAGCCUAAUCCAGAGAUUCCCCGUCACCAAUAAAGAACGCACUGAACUUCUGCCUAAAACAGAAAGAGGAAAUGUGUUUGCAGUUGAAGCUGAAAACCGGGAGAUGAGCAAGACAAGCGGACGACUCAACAAUGGAAUACCUCAGAUUCCAAUGAAAAGAGGAGAAUCUGAGUUUGAUUCUUUUAGACAGUCUUUACCAGUGUUUGAAAAACAAGAAGAAAUCGUUAAAAUAAUUAAGGAAAAUAAAGUGGUUUUGAUUGUAGGAGAAACUGGGUCUGGAAAGACCACCCAGAUUCCUCAGUUCCUUUUAGAUGAUUGUUUUAAAAAUGGAAUCCCCUGUCGUAUAUUUUGUACUCAACCACGGCGACUAGCUGCUAUUGCUGUGGCUGAAAGAGUCGCUGCAGAAAGAAGAGAAAGGAUUGGUCAGACUAUUGGGUAUCAGAUCCGAUUAGAAAGCAGGGUUUCUCCAAAGACACUUCUGACAUUUUGCACUAACGGGGUAUUGCUUCGUACAUUGAUGGCAGGAGACAGUACAAUGUCAACUGUGACUCACGUUAUUGUGGAUGAAGUACACGAAAGAGAUCGAUUUAGUGAUUUCUUACUUACGAAGCUAAGAGAUUUGUUGCAAAAGCACCCAACCUUGAAAUUAAUUCUUUCUAGUGCUGCCCUGGAUGUAAAUCUUUUUAUAAGAUAUUUUGGAAGUUGUCCAGUGAUACAUAUACAGGGAAGACCAUUUGAAGUAAAAGAAAUGUUUCUAGAAGACAUUUUAAGAACUACUGGCUACACAAACAAGGAAAUGUUAAAAUACAAGAAGGAAAAACAGCGAGAAGAGAAACAGCAAACUACACUGACAGAAUGGUACUCAGCUCAAGAAAAUGCUUUCAAGUCUGAAUCUCAAAGGCAGAGAUCUGUCCCAAAUGUGUCUGAAGAGUACGAUUUAUUGGAUGAUGGUGGUGAUGCUGUCUUCAGUCAGUUGACUGAAAAAGAUGUGAAUUGCCUUGAACCGUGGUUAAUAAAGGAAAUGGAUGCCUGUCUUUCUGACAUCUGGCUACAUAAAGAUGUUGAUGCCUUUGCUCAGGUCUUUCACCUUAUUUUAACUGAAAAUGUUAGUGUUGAUUACAGGCAUAGUGAAACCAGUGCAACAGCUCUGAUGGUUGCUGCAGGACGAGGUUUUUCAAGUCAAGUAGAGCAGCUCAUUAGCAUGGGAGCUAAUGUUCACAGCAAAGCAUCCAAUGGCUGGAUGGCUUUAGAUUGGGCGAAACACUUUGGGCAAACGGAAAUUGUGGAUCUUCUAGAAUCUUACAGUGCGUCAUUGGAGUUUGGAAAUCUAGAUGAAAGUUCUCUGGUUCAAACAAAUGGAAGUGACCUCAGUGCAGAAGACAGAGAACUCUUAAAAGCUUAUCAUCAUAGUUUUGAUGAUGAAAAAGUCGACUUGGAUUUGAUCAUGCAUCUUCUGUAUAAUAUAUGCCAUAGCUGUGAUGCUGGUGCAAUAUUAAUUUUUUUGCCUGGAUACGAUGAAAUUGUUGGCCUGAGGGAUCGCAUCCUGUUUGACGACAAGCGGUUUGCUGACAACACACAUAGAUAUCAAGUCUUUAUGCUCCAUUCAAAUAUGCAAACUUCUGAUCAAAAAAAAGUGUUGAAAAACCCACCUGCAGGUGUUCGAAAAAUAAUUCUUUCCACCAACAUUGCCGAAACUAGCAUCACAGUCAACGAUGUGGUCUUUGUUAUUGAUUCUGGAAAGGUAAAAGAGAAAUCCUUUGAUGCAUUGAAUUUUGUUACAAUGUUAAAAAUGGUGUGGAUUUCCAAAGCUAGUGCCAUACAACGAAAAGGCAGGGCAGGGAGAUGUAGACCUGGAAUUUGUUUCCGGCUAUUCAGUAGACUCCGAUUCCAGAAUAUGUUGGAAUUUCAGACUCCAGAACUCUUGAGAAUGCCACUACAGGAACUUUGUUUACAUACGAAGCUGUUGGCCCCAGUUAAUUGUCCCAUUGCUGAUUUUCUCAUGAAAGCCCCAGAACCUCCACCGGCUUUAAUUGUAAGAAAUGCUGUCCAAAUGCUUAAGACCAUAGAUGCAAUGGACACAUGGGAAGAUCUCACUGAACUCGGAUAUCAUUUAGCUGAUUUGCCAGUAGAGCCACAUCUUGGCAAAAUGGUCCUAUGUGCUGUUGUUCUGAAGUGCUUGGACCCAAUCCUUACCAUCGCCUGCACACUAGCCUAUCGUGACCCUUUCGUCCUGCCUACCCAGGCUAGUCAGAAGCGCGCAGCUAUGCUCUGCAGGAAACGCUUCACUGCAGGGACUUUCAGUGACCAUAUGGCCCUCCUCCGAGCAUUCCAGGCAUGGCAGAAAGCACGAAGUGAUGGGUGGGAGCGAGCCUUUUGUGAAAAGAACUUUCUUUCACAAGCUACCAUGGAAAUUAUCAUCGGCAUGAGGACACAAUUGCUUGGUCAACUUAGAGCAUCAGGUUUUGUUAGAGCACGAGGAGGUGGUGACAUUAGAGAUGUCAACACAAAUUCAGAGAACUGGGCUGUUGUUAAAGCUGCAUUGGUAGCCGGCAUGUAUCCUAACUUAGUCCACGUGGACAGAGAGAAUGUCGUGCUGACAGGACCAAAGGAGAAAAAAGUUCGGUUUCAUCCCACUUCAGUUCUCAGCCAGCCUCAAUAUAAAAAGAUUCCUCCAGCCAAUGGUCAGGCUGCAGCAAUCCAGGCACUGCCCACGGACUGGCUUAUUUAUGAUGAAAUGACCAGAGCUCACAGGAUAGCUAAUGUUAGAUGUUGUUCUGCAGUGACUUCUGUCACUGUAUUGGUAUUCUGUGGACCUGCGAGGCUGGCAAGUAAUGCUCUUCAGGAACCUUCGUCCUUUAGAGCAGACGGUGUUCCCAAUGACAGUAGUGAUAGCGAAGUGGAAGAUAGAACUACUGCUAAUUUGGCAGCUUUGAAACUUGAUGAGUGGCUCACCUUCAAGCUAGAGCCAGAGGCAGCCAGUUUACUGCUGCAGCUGAGACAGAAGUGGCACAGCUUAUUUUUACGUAGAAUGAGAGCUCCAUCGAAGCCUUGGUCUCAAGUUGAUGAAGCUACCAUAAGAGCCAUCAUAGCUGUUUUAAGCACCGAAGAACAGUCUGCAGGCUUACAACAGCCAUCUGGAAUUGGCCAAAGGCCAAGGCCUAUGUCUUCAGAAGAACUUCCUUUGGCAUCAUCUUGGAGGUCAAAUAAUAGCAGGAAAAGCUCAGCAGAUACUGAAUUUUCUGAUGAGUCCACUACUGCAGAAAGGGUGUUGAUGAAGUCUCCAUCUCCAGCACUGCACCCGCCUCAGAAGUACAAAGACAGAGGCAUCUUACACCCUAAACGAGGCACUGAUGAUCGAUCAGAUCAGUCUUCUGUGAAAUCUACAGACAGCAGUAGUUACCCCAGUCCUUGCGCCAGUCCUUCUCCACCAUCCUCGGGAAAGGGCUCAAAAUCUUCUUCACCAAGACCAAACAUGCCUGUUCGAUACUUCAUAAUGAAGAGUAGCAAUCUGAGAAACCUUGAAAUUUCUCAACAGAAGGGUAUCUGGUCUACAACUCCUAGUAAUGAGCGGAAGCUUAACCGAGCAUUCUGGGAAAGCAGCAUGGUUUACUUGGUAUUCUCAGUUCAGGGAUCUGGGCAUUUCCAGGGAUUUUCUAGGAUGUCUUCUGAGAUAGGGAAGGAAAAGAGCCAAGAUUGGGGUUCAGCUGGACUAGGAGGAGUUUUCAAAGUGGAAUGGAUACGAAAAGAAAGUCUUCCCUUUCAGUUUGCACACCAUUUACUCAACCCCUGGAAUGACAACAAGAAAGUCCAGAUAAGCAGAGAUGGGCAGGAACUAGAACCUCAGGUUGGCGAACAGUUGCUUCAAUUAUGGGAACGUCUUCCAUUGGGAGAAAAAAGCACAACUGACUGACUCUCAAGUUUUUAUCAGACAUGAUUGACUACUGGCAGUAUUGGUGAUCUCUUGGAUAGCUUUCAUAUUCUAUGUCUCUUUCUCUGUGUUCAUUUUUAGCCCUUCCAGAAUUCUCAACUACAGAACAUCAUGCUUUUAUGGCCACUGAACACACUGACUGUCAGAAACAGAGAGGGGCUGUAUGUUACAACUGGCCAUUUCUAGUUUAGUGUGCUGCUUUAGAACACAUAUUGUCAUGUAAGAGAAAAGGAUGCUUUUGACUUUUGUAGUGAUCAUAGUGAAUAGUUACGCUUACUGACUGUAUGUUUCUAGCUGGAUAUAAUACUUGGUUGCUGGAAAAGUCAUGAUGCAUUUUUGCAUCAAAAAAAAUACAUCAUCACUUUUCCCUCAAUGCACUAGUAGUAGUUUUAUUAUUUGGAAUAGAAGCAGUUACUUCUUUAAACAUGCUUAAUUUGGAGUCAAGCAUUUCAUUUUGUUUGAAACACUAAUAUAUCCACUCAAUGAUUUUUUUUUUAAUGCAAAGUAUGUUGCUUGCUUUUAAGAAAGGCCUGACUACAUCUGAGCACCAAAUUUAGAAGCCAUCUCUUAAGAGUUAUUAAAAAAAAAAAACAACAACCAAAUUCUAAAAAUAUCCCUUUCAAAAAUAGUGUAUGCUGUGUAAGGUCUAUUCAUUCUGCCAUAUUUAACUUGAGAUAUAUUAAGAAAAAAGUGAUACUCUUCUUCUGCAAUUAUGAAAUGUAGUAAACUCUGAAGAAAUCUGUCCUUGAUCAGAUUAAGUGCUUAGCUUUACGACUGGUCCUGCCUCUUAUAACUUGAUGUGUGUCAUAUCCCUUCCUUCCUCUCACAUUUUACACAUCUCUGACAUGGAUACAACAAUUAUGAUCUCUUUGGUUUUUGGCUUGAUUUAGACAAGUUAAAAAUUUAAACCAGUUAUACAAGUUUGAAAAACAAUGCCCAAUAAUAUUGGUUGGUGUAAGUCUUCUAUACUAAAGGCCACAGGUACCACAAUUCUAAAUGCCUAUUUUUCUAAUAUUUUUUUAUCCUACUUGUGUUUGUAGGUAUGAAUUUUUUCUCUUGUGUAUUUAUGAUUUAAUAAACUUGGGGGGGUUGAUUUUUUUUUUUUUUUGUAAUCCUCUACCAGUGCCAACUUUUACAAUUCUUUGAUGUCUCAGACUUUUUUGGCUUGAUGCUUUUAACUCUGUGUCAUAAGGUUUCCUUAAAGACAUAUUGACGAGAACUAGAGAUUAAGGGGAAAAACAGACAGACAACUAAAUGUUUUGGUUACUGAGCUCUGAAUAGGUUUAAUAGCAUUUCUGGUACAUUUGGGCCACUGUUUUAUAAAUGAUUCUAAAUUAAAGACAAAAACUCUUUGAAGUUCUCUGCUUUUGUAUUGGAGAAUAAAAAAAUGAAAAAAUCUGGGGACCAAUAUAAAACCUUGAGAACCCUUCUAUUUUUUUCUGUGAAAGCAUUAUAUUUUGGUGUGUUAGUUCAGAAUGUCAGCUGUAAAUUUUGCAUAUGUUUGUGUUAUUAGUCUUUUUGUUUUGUUUUAUACUUUGAAAUACAUUUGUAAAAUUAACCUAUGUGAAUUAUGUUCCAGUGUGUCUGUAUUACACUUAUUUUCCUGUCAGAGAAACUUUUUUUUUCAAUAUUGUAUACUUUUUGUUAGCCAUAUAUAUACAUACUAGUUUAGUGUUCCAAGUUUAGAGGUAAAGCUUUUAAAAAAUUGUUUUACUUUCCAUUUAUUUUAUAACAUUGAGCCCUGUGUGUUAAUGAUGAACUUGCUGAUAUUUAAAUGAACACAAUUUAAAUGUAAUUAAAUGCUGUUUUUGGAAGAGAUGACUUUUAAAAUAUUAAAUGAAAUUAUUAAAUUCCUA